AUGCGUAUCACUUGGUUUCUCUCAACGGCACUAGCUGCCCUCGUCACUGCGGACGAAUCAACCAGAAUCAACUAUUUUGGAGGUGGAAUGCAAUGGGCUCAUAGUCUCCACCUCCACCCAUGGACCAGCACAGCUGCCAGCGUCGCUGGGAUCAAUGCCGUCGCCACUACCUACAGAAUCGGAUGUCUUAGCGGUGCGCCCAAGUCUGAUUGCGAGAUCGCUACCCCCUGGACCAUGAUUCAGGGCCCGAAAACCUACAGUCUCACAGGUGUAUAUACCGUGUCGGGCUCAGGAACGGUCAAUGCUGUGACUGGAACCCAAAAAUUUGACUGCACUUUCGCUAAGGCCACCGAAUCUCCUUCUUGUUCGUUUAGCGUGAAGGUCACCGGCACCACUGCAGGCGUUUCGUAUUCUACCUCCACCUCCAGCUCCACCAAAAACCUGCCAACGAAGUCCUACACCUCCUACGGGAUAGAUGUCACAGCCGGAACAGCUUCAUUCACUGCCAGCGAGGCAACCAAGACUCCUAAUGGGGGAGCUAUGGUUACUGCUGCGCCAAUGGGGGCAGCUGCUGUCGUGGCGAUCGCUGCUAUGCUCUAG